AUGGGCUGUCAUAAUGCAAAAUUAAAAAAACAACCAACCUUUUUUUCAAACAACCAUGAACUUGAUAAUGAAUUCACUAUCACUUGGAGCAAAAAGAAAUUAACUAAAUCCAAAUCUAAUACAGAAAUUAAAUAGGAAAAACAGAAUUAUCGAAUUGAUAAAAAUCCAAUACUCUAAAGAAGAUAACAACGAUAAACUUUAUCUGUUGUAUGA